CGGUCACACUGCCGAUCGAUGCGUUAAACGCGGACCACCACCAAAUUUCGGAUGUUUUCAUUUAUAUUCUCUUGUACUCGAACACUAACCUAACUAAAUACAAGUGCGUGAAAAAAGUGAUAAAAAUAAACGAUUUGUGAAAGCGGUGAGAGAAUGUUUUCGUUGCACUUCCGUUGCUAACAUUUGCGCACCUCUCUCUCUCACUCUCUCUCGCUCUGUCACUCUUGUGCGCGUGCCUGUGUGAGUGCGUCUCUCUCUAUCGCACUCAAUUGUUUACAAAUUGUUGUUGCAAAAGUGCAAAAGAAGUGUCGGUAAAAUCACGAAUUUCCCCAUGAAUUCCAUCGUUAAAUGUCGGCAAACGGUGCUGUCGUUGUCGCUGCUGGCGCUGACUGCGUUGCUCCUGCACCCGGGCAGGGGAGUGUCUGGUCAUCUGAAUGUCUUCUUGAAUCCCGAGGAGGUGAUGCGGCUGCUGGGUGUCUCCGCUGAGGUGUACUAUGUGCGCGAGGGAUUGAUCAACAAUUACGCCCUGAACUUCAUUGUGCCAGUGCCCGCGAAUGUGCGGGACAUCAGCUUCACGUGGCAGUCGCUGGCUGGGCGGGGGCUGCCGUACAGCAUCAAUGUGGUCAGCUCCGACCCGGAGGUGCUGCCGCGACCGUCGCUGAACGUGUCGCACAGCGGGGAGAUCCCCACCUACAUCCAGACAUGGGCCAUCGAGCUGCGGUGCAGCGGAGCGCGGGCGGCGGAGGUGGACGUGACCGUCAGCCUGGAGGUGGUGCUCAAUCGAUCGCUGAACAACGUGACCCAUCUGGUGUUCCGGCGGAAGAAGAUCUGCCUGCUCAAUGACGGCGAGGGUGGCGAUGAGGACCAGCAGCAGAGCGGGGCUGGGGCUGGGGAGGACGUGGACGAUCCGCUGAUGCUGGAGACUGUGCUGUCGCCGCCGACGGGCCUCAUCACUCUCGUGGUGGGCGUCUCAGUGGCCAUGGGCUCCGUCUGCCUCCUCCUGAUGAUUGCCUAUUGCGUGCGGGGAGCGGCCAACAAGCGGCAGCAGCACCAGCACGGGGGCCAGCCCAUGCGGACCUCGAGCUUCCAGCGCCUGAACACCCAUCCCUCGCUCCAUCCUUGCCAGGCUUCGCUGGGAGGGGGCUCCGGCUCUGCCGCCUACAUGACGCCCUCGAUGAUUGCACCCGUGCACGGGGCAUCGCUGCCGCGCAAAAUGGCGACUUCCGUGGAGCAGCAGCAGCACCCGGAGGAGCUGCAUCGUCGCAUCUCCGAGCUGACGGUGGAGCGGUGCCGCGUGCGCCUGUCCAGCCUGCUGCAGGAGGGCACCUUCGGGCGCGUCUACCGCGGCACCUACAACGACAACCAGGACGUCCUGGUCAAGACCGUGGCCCAGCACGCCAGCCAGAUGCAGGUGCUGCUGCUCCUCCAGGAGGGCAUGCUGCUCUACGGUGCCUCCCAUCCGGGAAUACUCUCGGUCCUGGGCGUCUCCAUCGAGGACCACACCACUCCGUUCGUCCUCUAUCCCGCCCUGAACAACACGCGCAAUCUGAAGCUCUUCCUGCUGGACCCGGCCUGCGCCCGCACCAUCACCACCAUCCAGAUCGUAAUGAUGGCAUCCCAGCUCUCGAUGGCACUCGACCAUCUCCACAGCCACGGGGUGGUCCACAAGGACAUUGCCACCAGGAACUGUGUGAUCGACGAUCAGCUGCGUGUCAAGCUGUCGGACAGCUCGCUCUCGCGCGACCUCUUCCCAUCGGACUAUAACUGCCUGGGGGACAGCGAGAACAGGCCCGUCAAGUGGAUGUCUCUCGAGGCCCUGCAGCACAAGCAGUUCUCGGAAGCAAGCGACUCGUGGGCUUUCGGAGUGCUCAUGUGGGAGCUGUGCACCUCGGCCAAGCAGCCCUACGCCGAGGUAGAUCCCUUCGAGAUGGAGCACUAUCUGAAGGAUGGCUAUCGCCUGGCCCAGCCCUUCAACUGUCCCGACGAGCUGUUCACCAUCAUGGCCUACUGCUGGGCCCUUCUGCCCGGAGAGCGUCCCACCUUUGCCCAGCUGCAGUCGUGCCUCUCCGAAUUCUACUCACAGAUCACGCGCUAUGUCUAGGACGUCAUCGAGCGAUCAUCAUCCGAGAGGGAUUUUAUCCUCUGGGGGGUGUGCCCAAGGCCCGAACCUCUCCAUCUCUCCCCCUGCCUAUCUAUUGUUAGUUAGUCGAAGUCCUGCAGCUUAGUUAAGUUAGUUUUGUAAUGAUAUAUUGCCAAAUCGAAUGUUCGCCUGUAUAUAUACACAUAUGUAGAUUAUGGAUAGCCCUACUCUAAGAUCAUCGGAGGAAAGACUCAACUUUUAUCACACAUAGAACAUAGAACAUAGAAUAUAGAACAUAGAACAUAGAAUACAUACAUAUAAUCGUAGAACACACAGUUUCAGAUACUUAUUUACAUAUGAACGACAUCCAUCAAUCCACUAGCCAAACAACCUAAAGAACCGAAAAUCAAAUACAUAUAGUGAUAUUUAUCAAUAGCAUUUACGAGUACGAGUACGAGUACGAGUUCGACUACGAGUACGAGUAGAGGAAUAGAAUGGAAUGGAACACGUAUUUAUCUUAAAAGUGCACAUGGAUAUAGAUCAUAUUCUAUGUAUUGUAUGAUCUGAAUUUUGGUACAUUUACCGUUUAUAUGAGAGAUUAAAACAUGAUAUACACAAAUAUAUACACCACUGAGCCA